AUGGCUCCUCCAGCCGGGGCGGGGACGGAGGGGAGGCCGGCGCGGCGGCGCGGCACGGGCACGGGCACCAGCCCCGGCCGCAACAAGGUGUGGGUCGAGCCGCCGGGCAAGAGCGACCACCAGACCCCGGCGCGGUCGCCGCCCCCGGCCCCAUCCCCGGCUCCGGCGGCGGCUAAGAGGGUGGCCGUGGUGUACUACCUCUGCCGCAACCGCCACCUGGAGCACCCGCACUUCAUCGAGGUGCCGCUCGCCGCCCCUGAGGAAGGUCUCUACCUGCGAGAUGUGAUUAACCGCCUCAACGUGCUGCGGGGGAAGGGCAUGGCCUCCAUGUAUUCCUGGUCCGGCAAGAGGAGCUACAAGAACGGCUUCGUGUGGCACGACCUGUCCGACGACGAUCUGGUGCUCCCCGCGCAGGGCAACGAGUACAUCCUCAAGGGCUCCGAGCUCCUUGACCGCUCGCCGCCGCCAGAUCGGCAGCAGAAUGGCGCUAGCAACCCAAAGGUGGAGGGCCUGAAGCACUGCAAGGAAGAGUCCCCACAGUCGCGGGGCUCGCAGGAAGGAUGCUCGUCGUCGUCGUCGCCGUCCGCCGCUGGCAAGGAGAUCUCACUUCCGCCUGCCACUCCACGGCCACAGCAGCAGACGCAAUCAACAGCGCUGCCGUCGCCGUCGGCUUCCACCAACCACGAGGAUGAGCUGUGCCGGACCGCGCAUUCAGGCUCGUCCGGCAACCAGUCCCCUGAACCUGCAGGGAGAAACGCUCCACUGUCAGAGGCAAGCUCCCCAGGACCUUCGGAGUACAGGGUCUGCAGACCCAUCGGAGCUCAGGAUGCGGCCACACAAACAGAUGAUAGCGAGAGGGAUGUUGCUGAACACCAUUCUCGCGUGGCGGGAGUGUCCAUGGAUACGGCGUCAGAUGCUGAGAUUCAGGAAUGUCAUCAGAGGAGCUCGAUGCUGUCACCGAAGGCACCUGAGAUCGUUCAGGAGUCGCCGGUCGUGUGUUCCUCUGAUGCUUCGCCUGGUGGCAGAGUUGAGACCUUGGAGUCCCUGAUACGAGCGGAAGCCAGUAGGAGGAGUAGCUUUAGGACGCUAGAGGAGGAACACAUGCUUGGCCCAAUGGGUGUGAAACUGAAGCCAGCCAAUUUGCUAAUGCAGAUCAUCACUUGUGGGUCUAUAUCUGUGAAAGAACACCGAGGCUUUGGGUUCAUCCCAUCGUACAGGCCUCGGUUUACACAGGUUGAGUUCCCUUCUGCAGUGUUCUCCACUCCUGUGGCAUUGCGACACCUUGACAAAAUCCCUUGUAAUACAAGAACAGUUGGGUUGAGAGCUCCAGAGUCUGAAUGUUUCAGUGGGAGCUUGGUUGAGACCAAGAAGCAGGACGAGUCUGGGAGAGGAAUCAGCUCACUCAAACGCUCAUCAUCUUAUGAUGAGGAUAGAGUUUAUAGAGCAGCACAUUCCAAAAGUGAUACAGAAAGCUCUUGCGAGUCAGGUAGUUUCAGGUGUCUUCCCCAGACUAUCAGAAUCAUAUCAUGUAAGCAAUCGAGAUCUGGAACAAUACUCUCCCCUGCCUCUGAUGUGAGAAACAGCUCUAGUCAACAAGAAUAUAGCACUAGAUCCUCGCCACUGGGUUCAUCAAAGAGUGCAAGCAAUAGGAUGACUGAUCCAUCACUGGGUAAACUAUCUUCUGCGAGAGUAGAGUCAUUCCACGAGGACAAGGACGUGAUCAAGAUCGAAGAAAGUUGA